GACUAGACCACUAAGUCACAGUUGGUAGUCUGUGUUUGUGAUUCCUAACCUACAAUUUUCCACACGUGUUUUGAUUGCCAAAACACGAACGUGUCAAACGCUAAGGACACGAAAUAAACGAAAAUGGGGCAGAAAAAGAAAGUAGGAAAACAGCGUAAAGAUAAAUACUAUCAGUUGGCCAAGGAAACAGGUUUUCGUUCCCGUGCCGCUUUUAAGUUAAUACAGUUGAACCGUAAGUUCGAAUUCUUGCAAAAGUCUCGAGUAUGUUUAGACUUGUGCGCCGCCCCCGGCGGUUGGAUGCAGGUGGCGAAACAGAAUAUGCCACUGUCCAGUAUAGUACUCGGUAUAGAUUUGUUCCCCAUAAAGCCAAUACCAGGAUGUAUAAGUAUAACCGAGGAUAUCACAACAGAGAAAUGUCGCACAGCCAUAUCCAAGGAACUGAAGACGUGGAAGGCGGAUGUCGUGCUACACGACGGUGCCCCAAACGUCGGUAAAAACUGGUUGCAUGACGCCUACCAACAGGCCACCCUCACAUUAAGCUCUCUCAAACUAGCUACACAGUUUUUGCGUAAAGGUGGUUGGUUUGUCACAAAAGUGUUCAGAUCCAAGGACUACCAUGCUUUGAUAUGGGUGUUGAAGCAGCUGUUCAAGAAGGUGCAUGCUACGAAACCUCAAGCGUCACGUAAUGAGUCCGCUGAAAUAUUCGUCGUGUGCCAAAGUUACAUCGCACCUGACAAAAUCGAUCCCAAAUUCAUGGAUCCCAAGUAUGUGUUCCAGGAGUUGGAGAUUGAGCCUAAGAACAAACUUAAUGUGUUUCAUCCCGAGAAAAAGAAGAAGGAUAAGGCUGAGGGCUAUGCUGACAAUGAUUAUACACUUUAUCACAGGCUGAAUGUUACUGAUUUUAUCAAGCAUGAAAAUGGAAUUGAUAUUUUACAAAAUGCAAAUGAGAUCGUUUUCGAUGACGAAGAAAUCCUGAACCACCCAAAAACGGCGAACGAAAUUAAAGAAUGCUGCAAAGACAUCAAGGUUUUAGGCAGAAAGGAUCUGAAAUCCCUGUUAAACUGGUGGAAAGUCCUACAUGAAGAAUACCUAAAAAACAACGCAGAUGAAAGCAAGGAAGAAGCAGAGAAAGAUGUUACUGAAGGUAAAUCCGAAGGGAGUGAACCGGACGAAAUGGACGACGUGGAAAAGCAAAUUCUGGAACUGCAGAGUGAAGAACAGAAGGAAUUAAAGAGGAAAAAGAAAAAGGCUCAGAAGGAGCGUAAAAAAUUGAAUGAGAAACUGAACUUGAAGAUGGUUUUAAAAGGUGAUGAAGGACCGACCAUGGAAGGCGACGAAAUGUUCAGUCUCAAGCAGAUAAAGGAUAAAGAACAGAUGGCGAGAGUUACGGAUCAGACUCCUGACCAUGUUGUCGACUCGGAUGAUGACGAAGAAAAACCCAAGCCUAAAUAUACGAAAUAUGAAAAGGGUGAGGGACAUUUAGACAGCUCCGGACUGUAUUACAAAGAUUCUGAUUCUGAGUUGGAGAUGGAGAGUGAUGAUGAAGAUGAGGAGGAGAUUAAAGAAGGUUUAGGUUUCAGCGAAUCAGAAGACGAGGACGAGGACGAGGAGUCCCCAAAAAAAUCAUCAAAGGAUAAGACCAAAAAAGACAAGGAACAUCCUCUAAUAACAGACUUGGACUACAGGAAAAAGUCUGAGAAAAAGGCUCACAAAGCGGAAUUGUGGUUUGAAAGGGACGUUUUCAAGAAUCUGAUAGAUGAAAAAGAUGAAGACGCCGAUCUGGACCGUAUGGUUAAAGAGUACAAGAAAAAAGGGGCGAAAGUUAUCGGCGAAGAGGACGACAAACCUAAGCAAAAACCAACUAAAACCAAGCAAAAAUCUAAACCUGCACAGAAAAGUGAAACAACAGACAGUGAUUACAGUUCGGACGAGAGCUCAGAUGAAAGCGACAGCGAAAGCGGCGAUUCUGAUUACGACAUCGAAAAGGCCAUGCAUGUGCCAGUCAAUGAUUCCAAGAAGGAUGGAUUCGAAGUGGUGAAAAGCACGGCCAAUGCCAAAAGGGGCAAGAAAUAUAAGUUGAACGAGGAGGAAUUGGCCCUUGGAACGAUGAUGAUCAAUAGUAAAAAAACGAAGAGGGAUCUGAUAGAUGCGGCCUGGAAUCGUUACGCUUUUAACGACUCCAAUUUGCCCGACUGGUUCGUGCAAGACGAGCAGAAACAUAUGAAAUUAGAAGCGCCAGUACCAAAGGAGUUGGUAGAUGACUACAAGAAGAAACUGGAAGAAAUUAACGUCCGUCCAAUUAAGAAAGUAAUAGAGGCCAAAGCCAGGAAGAAGAGGAGGGCGAUGAAGAAGCUGGAGAAGGCGAAGAAGAAGGUGGAAGCUCUGAUGGACAACGUAGAUGUGACGGACAGAGAAAAGGCCAAACAAAUUAAACAGUUGUACAAAAAGGCGCGACAAGAACCUAAACAGGAAUUGACUUAUGUGGUGGCUAAAAAACACAUGGCAGCCAAAAAGAUUGCACGGCCGAGCGGCGUUAAAGGACGGUACAAGGUGGUUGAUGCGAGGAUGAAGAAAGAUUUGAGGGCGCAGAAGAACAAGAUGAAAACGAUGGGUAGAGGCAAAAAAGCCGGUAAAGGUGGAGGAAAGAAACCUAAAGGAAAGGCUAAAUAAGUCAUAAUAGGUUUAGGUUUUAUGAAAUUGUUUUAUAAUUUUUAAUUAUUUACUUUGCGGCAAUAAAUUGUCAAAACCCA